CGCGCCGCCCCGCGGCCCCCGCCUGACCCGUUUUCCGGCCUGCGGGCCCUUGGAGCCCUACCUCCCAGAGCCGGCCAAGCCGCCCGCCAAGUACCUGCAGGACCUCGGGCCCGGCCCGGCGCUCAACGGCAGCCACUUCUACGAGGGCCCCGCGGAAGCCGAGGAGAAGGCCUCCAAAGCUGCCAGCUUCCCCCAGCUGCCCUUGGACUGCCGAGGGGGGCCCAGAGACGGGCCCUCUAACUUGCAAGACUCCCCAGGCCCUUGUCUGGCCAGCCUGCGUGUCCCUCUGUCCCCGGGACUGCCUGAUUCCAUGGAGUUGGCCAAGAACAAGAGCAAGAAGCGCCGUAACCGCACGACCUUCAGCACGUUCCAGCUGGAAGAGCUGGAGAGAGUCUUCCAGAAAACCCACUACCCUGAUGUGUAUGCCCGGGAGCAGCUGGCUCUGCGAACGGACCUCACCGAGGCCCGGGUACAGGUCUGGUUCCAGAACCGCAGAGCGAAGUGGCGGAAGCGCGAGCGCUAUGGCAAGAUCCAGGAGGGGCGGAACCCCUUCACAUCUGCCUAUGACAUCUCUGUGCUGCCCCGAACAGACAGCCACCUGCAGCUGCAGAACUCCCUGUGGCCCAGUCCAGGGUCCGGGAGCCCCCCCGGCCCCUGCCUCGUGUCUCCAGAGGGCAUGCCCUCCCCGUGCAUGUCUCCAUACUCCCACUCUCAUGGGAAUGUGGCUGGCUUCAUGGGGGUGCCAGCCUCCCCUGGAGCCCACCCUGGCAUCUACUCCAUCCAUGGCUUCUCCCCUGCCCUGGGGGGCCACAGCUUUGAGCCUACCCCAGAUGGCGACUAUAAGUCUCCAAGCCUCAUCUCGCUCAGGGUGAAGUCCAAGGAGCCACCCAGCCUACUGAACUGGACCACGUGAUCGGUUGCGUGGACAUGCAGACUAAGCUGCCCACCCCCCUUUUCUGUUCUCAGCUGCUCCCACCCCACCCCAGCCUGGAUGCCAGAGAGGGCACACCUCUGCCUCCAAGCCCCAGUCGGUUCCCGGAGGCCCAGGCAGAGCAGCUGGGAUCCUCAGCCUCCCGCAGGGAACAAGCUAGAGUUUUUUUUUUUCUCUUAAAAUAAGAUGGGGCUGCCCAGGACAAAGGGGGCUGCAAAGCAGGUAGGACUCUUCCUACCACACACUGGGUCCCUUCAUCCAACUCUGGGCUGGAGGGAGGAAGACACUGCCCUGCUUCUGCAGACUUGUCCAAGUUUAAGUGUCAUCCCUCCAGCUGAAAUGGCUGAACUGGUUCCUCAUUCAGGGAACCCAGGAAAACAAGAGGAUGACACAGGUUGAACCAGGAGAAGCUCUUUGUGACUAAGGGGAAACCAGUGUUGCAGCAUGAGCAUCUAGGGCCAGCCUGACUCCCUCCUCGCACCACCAGGGGGCGAGCACUCGGUGUCCGGAGUUCACAAGGGCCUGAAGGCCA